GCCGUGUACACUGCCCUGGUUGAGCCCCAUGGGAGGAUCAUGGGCUUGGAUCUGCCAGAUGGGGGUCACCUCACACAUGGCUUCAUGACCGACAAGAAGAAAAUCUCUGCCACAUCCAUCUUCUUUGAGUCCAUGCCUUACAAGGUGAACCCCGAAACGGGCUACAUCGACUAUGAUCGAUUGGAGGAGAACGCCCGCCUGUUUCAUCCAAAGUUGAUCAUUGCAGGGGUCAGCUGCUACUCCCGGAAUUUGGACUAUGCCAGGAUGAGGAAGAUCGCGGACGAGAACAGCGCCUACCUCAUGGCUGACAUGGCCCACAUCAGCGGCUUGGUGGCAGCCGGCGUGGUGCCCUCCCCCUUCCAGCACUGUGAGGUGGUCUCCACUACCACCCACAAAACCUUGCGGGGCUGCCGAGCUGGCAUGAUCUUCUACCGGAAAGGUGCCCGCAGCGUCGACCCCAAAACGGGGAAGGAGGUCCUGUAUAACCUGGAAAGCCUCAUCAAUCAGGCCGUCUUCCCUGGUCUCCAGGGGGGCCCUCACAAUCACGCAAUUGCAGGAAUUGCUGUGGCUUUGAAACAAGCCAUGACUCCCGAAUUCAAGACCUACCAGCAGCAGGUGGUGGCCAACUGCAAGGCUUUGUCAGCCGCUCUCAUCAGCUCGGGAUACCACGUCGUCACUGGGGGCUCCGACAACCACUUGAUCCUCGUCGAUCUGCGCAACCGGGGCACGGAUGGCGGGCGAGCUGAACGGGUCCUAGAGCUCUGCGCCAUCGCCUGCAACAAGAACACCUGUCCAGGAGACAAAAGUGCUUUGCGUCCCAGUGGGCUGAGAUUGGGGACUCCGGCUCUCACCUCCCGAGGAUUCCUGGAAGAAGACUUUAAGAAAGUCGCUCACUUCAUUCACAAAGGUAUAGAGCUCACUUUACAGGUGCAGAGCGACAUGAGCCCCAAAGCCACCCUGAGAGAAUUCAAAGAGAAGCUGGUGACGGAGCAGAAGUACCAAGGGCUGCUGAGGUCCCUCAAGGAGGAGGUGGAGACCUUCGCCGAUUCCUUCCCGCUUCCCGGCUUGCCUGUGUUGUAAAGGAGCCACAUCUGGAAUGGCAGCCCACCCCAGCUGCCCUCUUGCAAUGGGACCCUCCUCCUCC